AUGCUGAGGGCACUUUCACCAAGCAGGUUACAGGGUCGGCUGCAGGGUCUACCCGCGAUGCAAUCGGGAAGUCUCUGCUUUAGAGGGGAGAAGAUAUUCCCUUUGCUUCGCAUUCUGGGUUCGCUUGGCAAACCCAGCUGCACGGAUUCCUCACUGUGCGGUAGGGCGUUCUUCUCCUCUGAAUCCGGUGGUGAUCCGGAGCAGCCGGUAGAACCCUCGUCUGCUAUCGUUCCCACGAAUCCCCGCCCCGAGGAUCAUUUGUCGGUGAGUAGUCUUUCGUCACGGAAUAAAGUUGUCGCUCGCUCGUAAUGCUUAACUCAAGAGUUUGUUUUCUUACAAAAUGGUGCUCGCUCCCUCAUUUUCAUCUCUUCAUAGGCCUGAGAACUGAUCUACGUCAGCGAAUUGUAUUGCACUAUUCAAUUAACUGGAACCCGUAUUAUCCCUAGUCUAGAGUUAUCGUCCGUUGUUGGUGCGAAAUGUAGAUAGAGAUCCUGUAAAGGUCGAUGCUCGACCCUAACUAUGACUAUUACUCAAAUAUGAGGUGAUAGAUCAGAAAAGCAGAGUCCCUUGUUUAUAUCUUGAACAUAUACAAACAGUCUGUUGUAUCAGGUUGCACUGUGCUCACUGUCCUUGCCACUUGUUCGUAUGAUGCAGGUUAUUGCAUUACCCUUGCCACAUCGACCAUUAUUUCCUGGUUUCUACAUGCCAAUCUAUGUGAAGGUAUGAUGUUUUUCUUUGCAGUGAAAAUUCAAAAUCUCUCUCUCUCUCUCUCUCUCUCUCUCUCUCUCUCUGUGAGUACGAAAGAAUUCAUUACUGUAUAAAACUUCAUUACAAGACGGUAUUUGUAUGAUAAUUCGCAUCUGUACAUAUCUCUAAUCACUGGCUACUCAGAAGAAUGAUCUGUGGGUUCAGAAAUGUAUAUUUUUUUUGUGAUGGUGUUGCUCUUUGUUGGCCAUUUUGUCUUCUUACUGUAACCAAGCCCAUACUUUAUUUUGACAUUUUACCUAUGGAAACUAUCACGUAUGGUUUUUGAACUCAGUUUCAGUUUGGUCUGCUCAAAUUCAACCUUAGUAUCUUUAUUGCUAUUAUUACAUGAAAUUAUAUGAAGUUGUUAUUUUCAUUUGCAUUCUUCUCAUCUUUUCAUUAUAUAAUGAUCUGAAAGGUGCAGAGAAGCUUUAUGGAUGAGGGGAAAGAUAAGUGAAACAUAUGUUCUGCGUAUAUAAUGAUCUUUAGUAGACUGAUCUGAAACAUUCAUUUUUAUGGUGUCACGUCAGAAGAGCGACCAGCGAGUGUAGGGGGUCAGCCUACAUCUUCUGGGGUCUUUCUUUCUCUCACAUCUUCUCUGUCUCCUCUUUGGGAAUGGGAUUCAGGUAGGAGAAGGAAGGAAAUUCGUAACCACAUGGGUUCUCUUAAGCGUACCACAUAUAACUCGCAUUAAAUUGAAAAGGAUAUUUUUUUUACGAAAGAAUGAUUUUUCAUUCUUGCUUUUGGAAGAAAUCCAAUGAGCUGACUGUUGGGUAUAAUUUUAUUUUCUUAAAAGCAUAUUUAUAUCGAGAAACCAUCAUCAGUCAUAUUUGUACGCACUACAUUGUUGUUGCCUCCUUUGUCAAACUUAAAAAUAUGAUGCUUUUUAGCCAUGAACUAUGAUCAAAUUGUUUGCAUUCUUUUGAACCGCUGGUUGUGAAUGGUGGUGGGAUUGAAGCGUCCAUUUACCUCCUAUUAUUAAUAGAUUUGUAUCUUUAUGCAUCUAUAAUUUUUUUCUUCUUUCAGGACCCUAAAUUGUUGCAAGCUCUGGUGGAAAACCGUAAAAGAUCUGCACCAUAUGCAGGGGCUUUUCUUCUUAAAGACGAACCUGGCACAGAUAGUACAGAGCCAGAAAAAAGUAUUUACGAUCUGAAAGGAAAGGAUUUAUUCAAUCGUCUUCAUGAAGUGGGUACACUGGCACAGGUAUGAAUUCUGCCUUGUAUAUGACUGGUACGAACAAUCCAUAUUCUGCUGUUAUUUUCAUUAUAUUGAUUUUUGAAAUAUUAGAUAACCAGCAUCCAAGGGGAACAAGUUGUGUUGAUUGGUCAUCGUAGGUUGCGUAUAACUGAGAUGGUGAGUUCACAUCUGUAUUAUCAUGUGAGUUUGUCAUGAUUAGUAUUAUGAAAUUUUUGUUCUGAUUCCUUACAAAUUUACAAUCACGCAGGUUGACGAGGAACCCCUUACUGUCAAAGUUGAUCAUCUGAAGGCAUGCAAUUCUCCUCUAAUUUAUUCUUUGUUUGAAGAUUGGAUGUGAGUCCAUCAUAUAGGCUUCCUUACCAUAGAAGCUGGCCAUCUGAUGUCUCAUGCUACUAAUUUCUGUCCGCCCUGCAUUUCUCUAAAUUUGCGGAAUAUAUAUGAUGCAAUUGCUUGAUAUGAAUGGCUUUUAAGGAAUGGCGGAUUGAUAUUAUUGUGACACUUUGCUUUUCGAGGUGUUUAUCAUGAGGAGAGCCGCUAUAUCUAUCUUUCAAUCAUGCGAAUUUGUUGUGGUCUGUACUUUUUUUGUUUUUUUUUUGUUCCACUUAUUUCCCGUUUCCUUGGGGAUUACCUGCAUGAUUUCUGGAGGUAUCCGUUCUCUUCUCGUUACAUUUGGUCUUUUGCUGUAACUUUCAUUCAACUUGUUUUCUCCUAAUCUCAGAAAAACAUACACUGACAUCUUUGCGAUUUCAUCAAUAUUUACCAUAUUUUUCUAUGAGGAAGACGUGAUAAUGCUUAAAUCUGCAUUUACAUUCUUCCACUGAUUCUUUUACAGGAUUUACCUUAUGAUAAAGAUGAUGAUAUUAUCAAGGCAACGUCAUUUGAAGUUAUAUCCACUCUGAGAGAUGUACUAAAAACGAGUUCUCUCUGGAGAGAUCAUGUGCAAACAUAUACUCAGGUUAGCCUUCCAGUAUUCUAUUUGAUAUUGAUUUGUGUUUCUCUAUUGACUCCUUCUGAGUUAUUUUGAGGUUUUUAAUUAUUUUGGUGUUUGUUGGAACUCUUCUUUGUCUUUUCCCACAUUCACAUAAAAAAGUUUUGUUCCAAAACCUGUUUAUCAUAUUCUACUAUGCCUUAAAUUUAAGAAAAAAAUCGGAGCCAUUAAACUUUCAGUCAAUUGGAGAAGACAACUUACCUCAACUUUGGAUUAAUAUGGCUUACUUGUCUCGAUGUGCUAAACAAAUUUGAAUUCAGGUUACAUGGGUAAAAUAUUAUAGGCACAAGAGGCUUCUUGACAAUCUUAUCAUGUAAGCUAUUGCCAAUUGUGUGAAUCUUUUCACCAAUGGCUAAAUUGCUAUAAAGAUCUGUCAUGGUAAUGAGGCAUUUCCGUUGUGUAAGAUGUGUAAUGCCUGGUUUUUGCGGAUCUUCCUCUAGUUCCGUAAAUUUGAAGUUAGGGAAUAGGUAAUGGUAAGUUAUUUCUCCUGAAAACGUGCUUUAUUCAGUAUCUUUUAAUGAGCUUCUUGGCACAUAAUAAUUGUCUUAUUUGUCCGUUUGCUACUGAAACUAAACCUGAAAAAUACUAUACAUGGAAUUAUAUAGAAUUUUCUGUUUUUUUAUUUAAUAUAUUUACUAGCAGGUUGAGCUUGCUGCCUUUUCUUUAAGGUUCUUAGCAUUCUGAUACACGAAAGUGUGCUUAAAAAUUACCCUGGAGAUGUUUCAUGUAUUUUUCAGAUGAUUGCUGUUCGUCCGCUGCUAACAUGUAUUAUUGUGCAAACUUGCGUCUGAUCUUUUUGCGAUCUAUGUGACUAUAUUGGUGUAUGGGAUGUUGAUGUUGGUAAAUAGAGGUUUAUGGAGGUCUGUCUCCACUUUGAAUAUUCGGUCACGGCAGAGACUGUACAAUUGGAUGGUGCACUAUCCAGUUGCCUUUGGGCUUUCUAAUUAUGUGACAGAAUCGGUGAGGUCAUCAUAUGGCAGAUUGAUUGAUACUUUGCAAAAGUUUUUUAUAAAUACAUGAUUUUGAUUGUGUUUGUUUCUUUUGGAUCCUGAACGAUUUAAAUGAUGGGUACUCUUUAUCAUAUACUUGCACAUCGUUUCUUUCUAAGGCAUGAUUCUGUGUAACCAGAGAAGAGAGAUUUAAUUCCUUCAAUCACCCAGUUAAACAUUUUUGCGCCAGCUGAUGGUCUUAUGCCUCAUGGUCAACGAUACUCCUCUGCCUAUUGUGACUCUGUAAAUCCUCUGAGACCUUAUUCUUCUUGGUGAUUGCAGCACAUUGGUGAUUUCAACUAUUCAAGGCUAGCAGAUUUUGGGGCAGCUAUUUCUGGGGCAAACAAAUUCCUUUGUCAGGAAGUCCUACAAGAACUUGAUGUGAGAAGAAAGCACUCAGAAUUCAUUUUCUGUAUGCAAUUUUUUCAUUCAUAUGGAAUAAUAUUGAGUUAUCUAAUAUUCUUCUUCUCUUAUAAGAUAUAAUUUAUUUUCAUAUAUUUGUUUAAUGUGGAGAUGCUUGAUGAAAAUUUCAAACAUAAAAUGAGAUCUAUUAACAUUUUUCGUUGGGAAGAAGAGGUCUUAAAAAUUAUACGGAAUGAACUCAUCCUGAACCUGUGAGGAGUUUUAUCUUCUAGAAGUUGAUCAUACCUUAUUUCAUUUAAAAUGGAUUACUUUACAAGGUUCUUGGGGUGUAGGGACAGAAAAGGAAUACAGGAAUCUACUUCGUCAAGGUGUUAUGCAAGCAGAUGUCUCAAAGUUUAUAUUGCUUUUCAUGGCAAAAUUUAAGAAGGAACCAUCCUAAAGUAAUGUGGCUUCGAAUGUUGGCUACAGUCACCAAACUGAUUGUGUAGCUGACAAUGGUCUUGACAACAUCAAGAAAUAAUGUGUGCUGUCCCCUCUUAUUCCUUACCCUCUGGACCAGCCAAAGAACGUCCGUGGAAUGAGCAGUAAAACCAUAUAUGGUUUCGUCGGCAAAUUCUGCCACCAGUCAGUUUAUUAAUUAUGCAUUCCAUAUUCCUUCAUUUGAUGCCUAUUGUGAGCCAAUAGGUGUCCAAAGUUAAUCUCCGGAAUGAUUAUCCACUGAUAAAGGAUCCACAGCCUUUGUCUUUAAGCCACUACUAAGUGUGAAAUCUCAAUAGUUUGUUGUAUCUUCCUCAGUUGGGUUGGGUGCCUGUUGCCGCCUUUUGGUGCUUUAACUUUGUAAAGAAGAUCCUAACCUUUAAAGGAAGGCAGUUGCCCAGACCAUUCUUUAAGCCUUUUGGUGUAGUUGUUAACAACAGUGAAUAUCCCGGUUUUGGUUUUCAUUUCACAUUGAUACGUUGCUGCUGCAACAAAAAUAAUUCAUUGGACUCUCCUUUCGUGAGGCCUCUUCUAGUGGCGGUUACCAUCUUCACCACCUGCUCAGACUUUGCUUUACCGUUUUUUCUGUCCUUCGAUAUUUUCUUUGUUUUUGCUAGAGUGUAUCAUGAAAGCCAUCUAUCUUCCCAAUGCCAUUCUUUACUUGAAAUAUAGUUUCCUGUCCCUUGGUAGUGUCAUUACCUGCAUGAGACUCAACUUUGACAAUUCUAAUUAUGCUCCAUUUGUUUGACUUCUGGUCUUAUCAUGAUGGUUCACCUUUGCCUGAGUUGGGCAAAUCUUCUCUCCUGUUGUCUUGCCAUUUAAGUCCUUUCCUGAGGACUAAAUCUUUGGCUCAUGCAAAUCUGUAUAAAAAAGGGGUGUCAACUAUUGCGGUCAUCUGUAAAUUACCUGGCCUGGCCAGUCUCUGCUGGGUUUGUCAUAUUAAAUCUUCUUGUAUUUAUCUGACAGGCCAGCUCUGAAUAAUCUUUCUUGUAUGUUUGGCUUGUCUCAUGUAUUUAGAAUAAAAAAGUGAAGUUCAUGACAAGGGAUCGCACAUGGGAUUCAGGAAUUUCUAUUUUUCUUGUCAAUCUGAAAUCACGGUCACCUCAUCUAUGUGCUGCGAGUCAGGCCUCAAGUUUGCUUUGCUUGUUCCAUUACGGCCAGGAUCUGUAUCGUGAGAUAUGUAAUAUGCUGGGAUUCAGGUUAGCCUCACUAUAUACUGGCCUAAUUGCCCCAGUAAACAGAGUCAACUUUUUUGUGUUGACAGGAUUAUGAAUCAGUUGGGCAAGCCAUCAUUGAGUUUUUCUGGUUGUGUUGCACGGUUUAAUUUGAAAAUUCUUCUGUUCAUUUUUCCCCUACGCAUUCUUACUUAAUUGGAAAGGCUUGGUGCUCGGUUAACUUGAUAGGUAGACUGUCAACUUCUUGUCAAAUCUCUUAUGAGUGACAUCGAGGCUGUGUCCUGAGGCCGACGUAUUGUGAUUUCUGAUUGAUUGAUCUUGUAAUAUUUUGCUCAUCAGGUUUACAAGCGCUUGAAGCUGACUCUAGAAUUAGUAAAGAAGGAGAUGGAAAUAAGCAGGCUACAGGUAUAUGCAAUAUUUUGAAUUUUAUGUUAUAGUUUCUUUCUUGCUUAGACUAUAAUCAGAAACCAGGAGAAUGGCAUGUUUUCUCCUUUCUCUGUUUAAUUGUAGGAAUCAAUUGCAAAAGCAAUUGAAGAAAAAAUAAGUGGGGAGCAGCGCCGCUUCUUGUUGAAUGAGCAACUUAAAGCAAUUAAAAAGGUACCUAUAGCCUAUUCAAUUCUAAAUGUUUCGACUUAUGACUGCUUAACACGUUGAAAGUUGACAAAACUGGAUUGGAAUGCAUAUUUUGUUGUUGGUUAACUAUUUUUUCACAGUACAUAAUGCUGUGAUAGAAUUUAACUUCUUUCCUGAUUCAGGAGUUGGGUGUGGAGACAGAUGACAAAACAGCACUUUCUGGUUGGUUCUGGAUGCUUACUUUUGGCUUUAUAUCAUCUAAUAUGUUUUUGUAAAAUAUGCUUGUAUGACUAAACAUAAAUAAUUUCCUCUUUUUGCAGCAAAGUUUAGGCAAAGACUUGAAGCAAACAAGGAAAGAUGUCCUCCACAUGUUCUACAAGUAAUUGAAGAAGAGCUCACAAAAUUACAGUUGCUGGAAGCUAGUUCCAGUGAGUUCAAUGUGACACGUAAUUAUCUUGAUUGGCUUACCGCAUUGCCUUGGGGGAACUAUAGGUUUGUGCUGACUCCUUUUUUAUUUUUAAUGUUCACGAACUUCUUCUAUAGGCCAAGUCAAUUCAUUCUUCUUUCAUUCAAAAUGGAGAAGCCUGAUAAGUUAAUCUUUAAGCUAAUGCUACCUUUCCAAAGAUGUUCCAAAAAAAAGUUUGAAAAAAAACUUUUGUAACUAGUGGUUAUGGUUUACCUGGAAAUAAAUGUUUUGAUCUUCUCAAUUAUACUUGAAUGCAGUGAUGAAAAUUUUGAUGUUCAUCAUGCUCAAAAGAUCUUGGACGAAGACCAUUAUGGUCUCUCUGAUGUAAAGGAGAGAAUACUGGAGUUUAUAGCUGUGGGAAAACUUCGAGGAAGUUCACAAGGUUAGAUGAUCUUUCCGUCUCUCAAACCAAUUUUUAAUUUUUUUCCAGUUUACAUUGUUCUAAAAAGGAUACGAAGCCAUUACAUUGUCAACUAUUUCGAAUUUGUGUAGGAUGAUCAUCUGCUUACUUUAUUCCCACUGUGUCUUUGUAAUCAUUAUUGGCCGUCUGCUUCCUUGCAUCGAUUCUGGGUUUUAGACAUUUGGAUGUUUACUUGUUUGGUAAAUGUGUUUAACUCUCUCAUGGCAUUUUAUUGUCCAGAUAAGACGAGAUGUUGUGAUUGGAGUUUUGAAUAAGACCCAAGUACCUGUCUAUAAAUAUGAGGUGUUAAGUUUUUGGUUGUUCUGGUGUUGAGCUAUUUUCCGCAUGACCUCCCCUUCUGUAUUGUCAGUGCUGUAGAGUUUAACCAGCAUGUUUGGGAUGGAUUGGUGUGGUUCCUCUAUGCCUAGGAUACCAGGAUGUUGAACCUUGAACGAAGAGAAACAUGAGAGAAAAGCAUAUCAUGUCGGCAACUGAUUGUGAGGCCCCGUUUCUUGGUUAAACUCUUCCCUUCCAUCCUUUGGAUAGAUAGAAAGGGAGGGCAGAUCUUUCGUUUUUUUUCUUUUUUGUGUUGCCAAAUAGUUGUAAGAUGAAAAUAGAUGGUGUGGGUGCCUGAUCAAAUUGAUCAGGUCAUGUACAAACAAAGUUUAAAAUCUCUUGGUUCGUUUAGAUGCCUCGGCUCCGUACACCACUGCACUUCCACUUGACGCCUUUCAUAAUGAAAAACGGCUCCACCAGGUUCUAGGGUGGCGCUGCUGCUAUUUUUUGUUGAUCGAGCCACUCUCCCUUAUUCUACUCGUACAGCACUUUCUUUGGUAAUCUGAACAGUUCAGGUUUUGAUGAGUUUCUGAAGUUGUCGAUGACAUGUUUGUCUUACAAGAGGGCAUCUAGAUAUUCCGAUGAGUAUAUGCCAUAGGAUGCUUGGAUUAAACAUAGCUUCUGCAUUAUUUUCUCCAAGUUUAAUGAUUUUAUUUUCGUCACACCACCAUGGAAACUAUAAUUCUAAAAUAGGUAUGAUUGUUAUUUCUUGUCUUGCUCCUAUAUUCUUGCAUGUCUAAAAUAAGUAUGAUUUAUACAUUUCUGAUAGCGGUGGAAAUGGUAUAUAGAAAUAUAAGUUGAUCUAUCAGACUGGAAACUGUCUGUAUUUGGUUUCGUUAGACAUUCCACUGAUGUGGGCUGCUGUUCUCAUUUGCAUUCCGAGAAGCUUAGCUUGAGAUCUUCUUUCCAUCAUGUAAUGGAAGAAGGCUGGCUUGAUGUAACGUUGUUAGAGUUAACCAUACUUGAUCGAUGAUAUUGUGGCAUUGUGUCGUCAACUGUGUGCCUCUGCGUGGAGAAGUGGUUUCCAUUUAUGGGAUUCUUCAUUUUAUAGAGCUUGUUUUCUUGUUCUUUUCAAUGGCAGUUUCUUCUGGUUGGUCUCUGUUCAGAUUGUAGUUGUUAGAUCCAUCUGGUACAAUCUUAGUUGGGCAACUAAUGUUGGGGAUGUGAUGGGAAUAUGUGAAAUGCAUUGAUGAUGAUAGCCUCUCAGAGUUGGGAACAUGGUCAAUAGUAGGUACGUUCUCAACCUAUUAAAAUAUUAACAAGGUCUGACAUGUCGACUCGUUAUAUCUUGAGAGAAGCUCUGUGCAUUCUGAUAAACAUAAUGCACUCCAUACACCAGCUAAUGCUGCUGAUGCGUUGGAGUGCGUUUUGUCUGAAAGAAAUAACAGUAUUCAGGUGAUGAUGCUGGUUACGGUGCAAAGGUAUAUCUCAACGACAGGAGUAGAAUCCUUUUUGGGAUCAUCAAUUGACUGGGUCAUCAUUUUUCUGGGACUCUUAUUCUUUUUUGUUUUCUAAAAUUGGAGCUGGUGCCAGGAUGGGUCGUCUGGGGCAAUCAAAUAAGGGUUUCGACAGCUAUCUAAGCGUUAAUGAUGACCAACUUGAUUUCACUAUGCUGAGAUUGUAGGGAGAUAGAGAACGUGGGUGCUAGUAACUUAAUUUUUUAAAUUAAAAUGUUUUGUCAUUUGAAUAGUACCAAGUGGUCCUAUAUUUAUCCGCUAUUUCAGUAGUAUUUAUCUCGUGGAUACAUUUUUUUGGAUCAUCUUCUCUUUCUCUGGCUCACCAAUCAUUUCCGAGACUCAGUUAUUCGGUGUUAUAUCUGAGGGUUUAUAGGUUAUAAUGCUCAUCUCAGGAAUCGGAAAUUGAAUUGUCUCCUUGCUUGGGAUGAGUGAACCAGAGAUAGGCGUUCAUUCUUUUUAUUUCUUAUGAUUUAUCUGUGGUUAUGUGAGAGAAGACAAAGUGGUCCAACCCUGCAUCAGGGAAAUCUGUUACUUAUGAUCUUGAGUAAUCUAUACAAAUAUGGUGUCGGCUAUGCUAUAAACUCGAGGCUCAUGCGUAGGAUUACCCCCUUUCUUAUUACAUGGCACUCUCAUUCACUAUUUUGUCCUUGCUGAAACAGAAAAAGGAAAUCAUAAUUAACCGAAUAGUUUUCAUUCUUCAACAGUUGAAUGCUCUACUGAAGGAUGGGGGUACAUGUUGCCAUUCAAUCCCAAGGUUUUAUCCCAUUUUAAUAAUAUACUUUGUAUACUGUUUAUUUAUGUUGGGCCCUUAAGUGCAAAUUUUUACGACCUGGAUAUUCUUCAUGAACAAUCAUCUUUCGAUUGCGGAAUCCAAGGUGACAAAUAGAUCUCCAAGGCAGGCAUCUUUUCCCCCCUCCAUCUUGGUGAUUACAUGCCUCGGUCAUCCAUAGACAGACAUCUUGGGAUAUACGCAGGAAAUUAUAGUUCUAUUGGUUGAUCUCUUUUGUGUUGACGUAUGGAUAGGAAUCCAAAAUUUUCUGAAUUUUUAAACAGUUGAUUCUGGAAGUCUGCAUCUUUCUUCUUCUAGAAUGUGACGAAACCCCAGUGGACAUCAUUUUGUUUCUUGAGGCCCCAUUCUCUUGGGUCCCUGGCAUUGUUAUUUCAUGGUGUUUGUGUUUCUUGCAGGAAAAAUUAUUUGUCUGUCUGGGCCACCUGGGGUUGGCAAGACCAGUAUAGGCAGGUCGAUUGCGCGCGCUUUGAAUAGGAAUUUUUAUAGGUUUUCUGUUGGAGGCUUGGCAGAUGUCGCCGAAAUUAAGGUAUUGUAGUCCAUUUUAUUGCGCAAGGGUGAAAUGUUACGCCAACUGCAUUAAUAAUUUAAAUCCAAUAAUGAUUACAACCAACCAAUGGACAUUGGAUGCAAUGUCACAGAACCAGUGAUAAGCGCUUCUUAUCCACAAGGCAAAGUCACACCAGCAGAAAUUUUAUGAACUAUAAGAAAUAUGGAGCCAUUGAUGUAAUUUCUUAUAUAUUGGGUUAUAGAAGAAUGAGAGAAGUUUGUUUGCAUUUUACUCAUUUUCAGGGUCAUCGUCGAACCUAUGUUGGGGCUAUGCCUGGAAAGAUGGUUCAAUGUCUGAAGAGCGUAGGAACAGCUAAUCCUCUGGUUCUAAUUGACGAGAUUGACAAGGUACCUGCGCACUUAAAUUAUUCAUUUUGUGGUAACUAUAUUAUUUGGCUCUUCAUCUUGAACAUAAUUUGAUGCAAUCAAGGUGAAUCCAAGACUGCAUAUUGAACCCAAAUGGCCUUAACUAAUGGUUUUCUUCUUUUCAAUGCUGCAGUUAGGCAGGGGACACGCUGGUGAUCCAGCCAGUGCGUUGUUAGAGCUGCUUGAUCCAGAGCAAAAUGCAAACUUUCUUGACCAUUAUCUCGAUGUUCCUAUUGACCUAUCCAAGGUGGGGUGGUUCUUGACAAUUUCUUGAUUUCUUUCUUCAUUUUUGUUCGUGUGAAAAUUUCUUGCUGACAUGGAAGAUUCUGUUGUUUGUACUCUUGCUGUAUGACGUUGCCUUGAGGUUUUUUUGAGUGAUCAAUGCUUAUGUAGUAGUAUAUUUCCUUUGCCACGUAAUGGACAAACUCGUUUACCAUGUUAUGCGUGUAUGGUCUCGCAAGUCACUACUUCCGUUAUGUUUGUAUCAAAGGUGGAGGAAAGUUUCUGCUCAAAUUUUCUGUGGAUUCCCCUCAUAAAUCUCCUGUUUUAACGGCUGUCAUGGACAAGUACGCUUAUUCUUCAAGCUCUUACUCUUAGAAAGUGUAAUUUUAAUAAAUACUGGAUAGCUAUUGUCAAACAAAGAAUCCUUCUUUCAGGUUGCCUUCAAUAAGAAUGCCGUCAGGUUGCCUAGAAUGUGAAUUGACAGUAAAACCUCAUUCUUCUUGAAUAUGCAAAUGCUUGAUGUAUCGCCACAUGUUGGUUAAGUGGGAUCCGAUGCGGGUUCUGUGACAUCCGUUCGAAUUUCUUUUACUUUACGCAAAAAAAAAUAAAAAUAAAUUCCUUUUACUCCACUUUCUGACCAUUUUUUAUGUAUUAUAUGCAGGUCCUGUUUGUUUGUACGGCCAAUGUAAUCGAGAUGAUACCAAAUCCCUUACUGGACAGAAUGGAAGUCAUUGCCCUUGCUGGGUACAUCACUGAUGAAAAGGUCCAUAUUGCAAGGGAGUAUCUGGAGAAAACUACCCGUGAAGCAUGUGGCAUCAAGCCUGAGCAGGUAUAAUUAUGUAGAUCAUCAUUUUUAACUGCUUCGCAUGCUGUAUUUUUUCUUCCAACGCUCUGUCUUAUUAGAAAUACCCCAUUAUUUUCUUUUUAAUGAACCUUUUUUUUGUCAUUCUUUUUAUUUGUAUCCUAAUAGUUGUUUGUUUCCGUGUCCUCUCUCUCUCUCUCUCUCUCUCUCUCUCUCUCUCUCUCUCUCGCUGUCCUCUGUAUUGACAAUAUGAUGCACCGUUUUCUCUGAUUAGGGCGACUGAACGUUGAUCUUGCCUAAAAAUUGAUCUCUUCAGGUUGAAGUUACAGAUGCAGCUCUUCUGUCGCUGAUAGAGAAUUAUUGCAGGGAAGCAGGUGUCCGGAAUCUACAGAAACAUAUUGAAAAGAUAUACCGUAAGGUCGGGAAUUUGCUGCCCAAAUAUCUUAUCUUUUCUGUUUCAGAUCGUAGAAAGAGUAUGAAUAAUUUUCCGACUGUUAGAAAAAAAUGUGUCCCUUCAAGUGACAAACUGGAGGCACCCCUUUUCAGAUUGCUCUGAAACUUGUUCGUCAAGGAGUGUCAAAUGAGACGCCUCUUGAUUCAGAAGAAAUUGUCGGAAAAUCGGCUGGAACAACGGCAGAUCCGGAUGCUAUUUCACUUGAAAAAGCUGGUGAAGCAGAGUUGACCAAGCCAGAGGCAGAAGAUUCUCAAACCAGUGUUGAUAAUCCUCCGACUGUGGAUCUCCCUCAUGCCCAAGUUGAGCCGAUCAGAGAUGAUGAUUCUAUGGUAUGUGCCAAGUGAAUUACGAUCAAGCAUUCUGAACAUCAUGUUUAUUCGGUAAAAUAAACCAUCACAUCCGGUGCAUUUUCUUGAGUUCAAGGGGAUUAUAAACCUCGUCUGUGGCUCCUUUUUGCAUAGUUCUUCACCUUUUUUUCAGUGGUCUUUUGGUGAAAGAGCUGAUCUUUUAGAUCUUAUUUAUUAUGAAUAAUUGAAAUGGCAGGACAUUGCGGGAAAUGCUGAAUCUCCAUUGACCCAUGAAGCUUUUGAGAAGGUCAUCGUUGACGAGUCAAACCUCGCUGACUUUGUUGGGAAACCAGUGUUCCAUGCUGACCGGAUAUACGACCAGACACCAGUGGGAGUCGUCAUGGGGCUGGCUUGGACUGCAAUGGGCGGCUCGACACUGUACAUCGAGACGACCCAUGUAGAACAGGGAGAGGGGAAGGGCUCCCUUCAUCUAACUGGGCAGCUUGGCGACGUCAUGAAGGAGAGUGCCCAGAUCGCCCACACCCUGGCCAGAGCAAUUCUGCUCGAGAAGGAGCCGGACAACACGUUUUUCGCUAAUACCAAGAUCCAUCUCCAUGUUCCAGCCGGUUCAACCCCAAAAGACGGGCCGAGUGCUGGCUGCACCAUGAUUACCUCCAUGUUGUCUCUCGCCUUGAGAAAGCCCGUCAAGAGAGACCUCGCCAUGACCGGUGAAGUGACCUUGACGGGGCGGAUCCUCCCCAUCGGCGGGGUAAGCUUCCCUCUCCCGUCUCCUUUUGUUCUUCAUCUUGCAUCAGUUCUACGCGUACAGUGCGUGUGUAUGCGUUUGAGAUCUGCAUUCUCCGCAGGAUCAUGGUUCUAAUGAUGGGAUAUAAUGGAUUAUAGCCAAAUACAUACAGAAGAACGAAUUACCCCACGAAGAGGGAUUUUCUUUCCCUAUACGGCCGAUCUUUUUGACCCUGUGGUCUUCUGCAACCAGGUCAAGGAGAAGACGAUAGCAGCGAGGAGGAGCGGCGUGAAGACCAUCAUCUUUCCGUCGGCCAACAGGCGGGACUUCGAUGAACUCGCUGAGAACGUGAAGGAAGGGCUCGACGUCCACUUUGUGGAUACCUACAGCCAGAUAUUUGAACUAGCUUUCAGCUGUUAG